GCUGCAGCUGUCAGCUGCUGUGGUGUCGAGGUUAGAAGUGUUGUGGAAAGUUGUCUGUUGUAUUGAGUGUUUGAUCGUGUUGCGUUUCUUGCGUCAAAUCCGAAUCUCGCUCAGUUUUGCUUGAAGAAAUUCGCGAAGCUCGGCGGAGUGAGAUGCAGCUACAUCUAUACGGCGCCCGAGUAUGUCUAUAUCGCUGGUGGUUCUGCGACUAGAGGUAGCGGCGGACUACGCGAUUUUUCCGCACAUCAACUACGUUUCGGCCAAGGCGACUCGGCGACUCGAUCUUUGUGCUUCGGCGACUCCAUACCGAAGUGGUGCUGGUGAGUGGCGUUCAUCGAGCAGUAAGUUCGAAGAAAUCCGAAAAGAAAGCCGGGGCUGUCGCGAACCGCACGACAUCGUCAUCGAGUCUGUGACGAUCGAGUUCGAUGACAUGGCGAGCAGCAAAUCGUCCUCGCGGCCUCCCCGAAGCGACCGAGUUAGUGCCGAGUCAUCCCCGCUUCGCGAGCCGGACCCUGUUCGACGCAUGGAGGCGUUGGACCUCACGGAAGUCGGGGCUGCCGAACGUUCGAAAGCUCUGAGCACCCAGAUACCGUUUUUCAGCGGUAACCACUGCGUCGAAGUGACCAAGGGAAUCCUGCACCUGUUCAAGGAGAACCAGCAGACUCCCUUGGGCGAAGCGGAGCGCAGCGAGAUGCUUUGCAUGCUCGCCGUGCCCGCCAUGAUGACUCUGCACGACCUGCUCCAGUUCAUCGCCCCGGUGAGCGCGCACGUCGAGAACAUCCGCGUUAUCAGGGACUCCAAGCCCAACCUGUACAUGGUCCUCCUCAAGUUCAGGGACCAGAAGUCGGCGGACGACUUCUACCAGAACUUCAAUGGCGUCCGCUUCAACUCCAUCGAGCCAGAGACUUGUCACCUUGUGUACGUCUCCAAGGUCGAGAUGGUCAAGGAGGACGACCCGGCAUGCAUCGUGGUACCAGGCCACACGGAACUGCCCACCUGUCCCGUCUGCCUGGAGCGCAUGGACGAGUCGGUCGAGGGCAUCCUCACCAUCCUCUGUAACCACUCCUUCCACGACGGCUGCCUGGCCAAGUGGGGAGACACGAGCUGUCCGGUGUGCCGGUACUGCCAGACGCCGGAGCUGGUGCCGGACAACCGGUGCUUCAGCUGCGGCUCGCAGGAGAACCUCUGGAUCUGCCUCAUCUGCGGACACAUCGGGUGUGGACGCUAUGUGGAGGCGCACGCCUACAACCACUACGUCCGGACGCAGCACACGUUUGCGAUGCAGCUCGGCAACAACAGCGUCUGGGACUAUGCCGGAGACAACUACGUCCAUCGUCUGGUACAGAACAAGACGGAUGGGAAGCUGGUGGAGCUUCAGGGCUUGGGGACGGACAGCGACGAGAAGCUGGAUUCGGUGCAGCUGGAGUAUACUUACCUGCUGACGAGUCAGCUCGAGAAGCAGCGGCAGUACUUCGAGGAUUGCAUCGACAUGGUGCAGAAGGAGAAUGUGAAGCAGAUCAAUGAGCUGAAGGAGAAGACUCAGAUUGCAGUGGAGGAGAGGAAGGAACUGGAGCGCAAGCUGAGUCAGGUGACAAAGGACAAGGACGCACUCCGCCGCAAGAGUGAGCAGCUCUCGUCGCAGCUGAGCAAGGCCAAGGCCGAGCUCCAAGAGGAGAAGUACAUCAACAAAUGCCUGCACGAGAACCAGGUCGGCUGGCAGACGAGGCUCAAGGACGUCGAAGGAAAGCUGCAGGAGCUUCAGGAGGCCAAAGACAAGGAAGUUGAGGAGCUCCAGGAGCAGCUCAGGGACCUCAUGUUUUACCUGGAUGCAAAGGACAAGAUCGACUCGUCUUCUAACGACAUUCGGCAGGAGAUACAGGAAGGUACCGUCAUCGUCGGAGCUCCUGGGCCUUCUGGAUUGUCCGGGCAAAAGCCGCGGAGACGUAGGAACCGUUGAAUCUCGCUCUUGUGACUAGUUUGCACAGUCUGUACAAAGUUGCUUCGUUAUUUAUGUCCUUUGAAAAGGGGCUUUUCACAGCCCGGAUAUUUCAAGGAUACUGCCAUUGAUUGCUGCUAUUUCUAGUGUCCUUGCAAAGGACUGGAGGAACGGUGUCCAACCUGAGUCAACCUUUCUGCGUUUGUGCACGGACGUUGGGCCGAAUUAUGACUGGCACCACUUUGUCGAGUUUUUUAGGGUUUGGUGAACGCGGGUGUCCUGUAUGCAUAUGAGAUGUUUGAGUUUUCAACAAACUGCUCAUUCACUUGGUCAUAUACCGUGGUUUCACAACGCUUCAAAGACGGUAGCGUGUUGUCUGCAUGCCUUAGUUUUACCAAGACUUUAAGAUACAGUUUGCACAAAGAACUGUGAUCAAGUCAAUCUUUUUAUCCUUCUGUCACCAGUGGAAGGCUUGUUCUGAAGGUUAAACAAACUUAAGGAAUUCUAGCCUUUGCACACUAGGAGGCAACUCCAUUAAAUGAAUGAUACCCGACUGUGGUGACUCGCUUUAUUGGCAGUUGAAAGAUGCCUUAUGUGCAGUCAAGGUAUUUACUUUGAUUGAGGGUUUGGGUACCUCAUUGUUUGCCAAAUGACUGUGAUAAGGCCUGUUGGUGGGAUAAACCAGUCUCUGACGCUUGUAGUGAUGAGACAUUGGGGAAGACGCUUCACUUGUUUGACUAAAAAUAUUUAAUUGAUAAUGGUGGCCAAUUUUGUGGCUAUUUCGAGGACUACAUUGGCUAGAGUAUAUAAUAGAAAAAUUGCAUUGUAUGAGAGAAGUGCAUUUUAUGUGGUUGGGUACUUUAUCUAGAAGUUACUGCACAACAUUUCCAUUCAAUCUAGGUCAAGGCUGAAUUUAGGAUUUUGUUGGGCUUGCUGAAACCUAAGCAUCCUGCAAAAUAUGUUUACUCCGUGCCACCCAAGCAUGCAAUUGGAAGUUUUGUCAGGUGUGUAGGUUCACACUUCUGUGUCGGCUUCCUACUGGGAUUCAGGCGGCACCUUGUUUUGUUGGCUAAACAAACCCUACUAAGUCAGCAGACUCUUGAUACACAUAAUGAGGGCACGUUUUCGGGUACUCACUGAUAUAUCAGUUUUGCCAAAGUUUGUCAGUGAGGGCUGCCUCUGUAAUAAGAACAGGGUUCUUGUCGCAUGUGAAGACAUUAGACCAACUGACCUAGUGUCAGCAGGCAAAGAUAUUAACAACCCUGGAUGCAUACGUAGCAAACCAUUCUAGUUGAGGGCAUAAUCCUGCUUCUGUGUAGUGACUUGUUGAAGGUUAUAUUCAUUUGACGUCAGGCGGGCCACACCAAAGUGUCCUAAAGGAUGCCUGCAAAGUGUUUCCAACCUUUCAGCGAGCAUAUUUGGUUGGAUAUUUGCUAUAGUGAGACCACGUUAAAGGUAACCGGAUGCAAGAUGGAUUGACAUAUGUAAGGGAUAUGGUAUUGGCAUUGUCUCUCUUGCUUGUUUUUGUUUAAUAAUGUGGCCUGCUGGCAUUGUUCCAGGUUCUACUUGGAAAGCCAGUCGAAUGAACCAGCACUUGCCUGUAUGGCAGAUGCUGGUUCAUUUCAUUCUUUUCACAUCAGUGCAUUUCUCGAACCUACCACAAAGCUGUGUUGAGGUGUCUGUUUUUUCUGCCUGAACAUCUUUUAAGCAUUGUUUCUGCACAUGGAGUACUGUGUCUUCUCUGCCUUAUUUGAUGUAAGGUUUGAUUGAAAAUAAACAACAAACCUUAAUUGAAAAAAGUCUACAUGGAAAAUUUUUAUUCACACUGUAAAGGUCAUUUUGGAUAUGCAACUUGCAGGGAUUUGGAAAAAUUAAUUGUGGAUGCACUUUUUCUGUAUUUCUUGUUAUUAGAAUGAUUCUUAUGUCAUUUUAUAUAUUGGAAUAUUCUAUCCUUGUUAACUGCUCUUGCCAUCAGUGAAAGCAUCUAUGUAAAAACUUGUAUUUCACUUCUUUUUGUGUGAGAAAUGUUUGAUAAUCCUCUAGCUGAAAGUGAUUGCUGUAAAUGGAAUCUGUUUUUGGGGACUCAAUAUUUCGUGUAUUUGGGAAUGUGCAAGUUUUGGGGAUAUUUCACGGACAUGAAAUUUCUUGAUUAGGAGUAGAAAG